AUGGAAUCCAUACCCUAUGCAAAUGCUAUUGGCUCUAUUAUGUAUUCCAUGAUUAGUACAAGACCUGAUUUAUCAUACUCAAUAUCACUAUUAAGUAGGUUUAUGUCAAAUCCUGGAUGUGAACAUUGGAAUGCUUUAAAAUGGCUUCUUAGAUACAUUAAAAGCACUGUGCAUGUUGGUUUAAAUUUCUGUAAAAGAAACUCCUCGCUUGAUCUAGUUGGGUAUGUAGACUCGGAUUUUGCAGGUGAUAGAGACUCUCGGAAGUCUACAACAACAUACCAUUUUACCUUAGGAGGUAAUUGUUCCCAAUUACAGCCACUGGUAGCACUGUCUACAACUGAAGCAGAAUAUGUGGCUAUAACCGAUGCAUUCAAAGAAGUAAUAUGGCUUCAAGGGUUCCUGAAAGAGGCCAAGCUACUGGAUGGAACUGUGACUGUCUAUUCAGGCAGUCAGAGUGCUAUUCAUUUAGUAAAGAAUCCCGUGUACCAUGAGAGGACCAAACAUGUAGAUGUUCGGUAUCAUUUUGUGAGGGAUAUGAUCUCAAAAGGAGGGGUGAAAUUGAUGAAAAUCCCAACUGAAAACAACCCUGCAGACAUGGGAACCAAGGUUGUAACACUUGCAAAGUUCAAGCAUUGCUUGAACUUAUUGCAUGUGGAAUAA